GGGGUGAGAUUUCCGGUCGAGAAGGGGCGGCUGUACCUAGGCUGUAGGUUUUAGUUCCGUAAAGCACGUGGCGCGCGUAUUUGGCACAAGGACUCAAGAACAGACUCAAGUGCGAGGCGGACAUCCGUGGAAAGGCCUUGAAGUUGAACUCACACUCUGUGGUUCCUGGCCCAGCUCCGGCUGAGGGGCUUCCGGUGGCGCUAAAGCUCUGCGCGUUCAGUAAUGGACUACCGGCGGCUGCUGAUGAGUCGGGUAGUGCCCGGGCAGUUCGACGACGCGGACUCCUCCGACAGUGAAAACAUUAACUGGAAGAUAAGGAAAGAAGAAGAUGACUUUCUGUGUGAAGACUUUCAAAAUAAUGUGAAUGAAAGGAUGGAUGAAGGUGAGAUAGAAGAUGAAGAGGAGGAGGAUUAUGAUGAUGACGAUGAUUGGGAUUGGGAUGAUGGAAUUGGAAAACUCACCAAGGGUUGUAUCUCAAAUGGAGGGAGUAACCCACAGGCAAAUCGACAGCCUUCCAGCUGUAAUUCAGCCAAAAUGUCUACUCCAGCAGACAAGGUCUUACGGAAAUAUGAGAAUAAAAUUAAUCUAGAUAAACUAAAUGUUACUGAUUCUGUCAUAAAUAAAGUCACUGAAAAGUCUAGACAAAAGGAAGCAGACAUGUAUCGCAUCAAAGAUAAGGCAGACAGAGCAACUGUAGAACAGGUGUUGGAUCCCAGAACACGAAUGAUAUUAUUCAAGAUGUUGACUAGAGGAGUGAUAUCAGAGAUAAAUGGCUGCAUUAGCACAGGAAAAGAAGCUAAUGUAUACCAUGCUAGCACAACAAAUGGAGAGAGCAGAGCAAUUAAAAUUUAUAAAACUUCUAUUUUGGUGUUCAAAGAUCGGGAUAAGUAUGUAAGCGGGGAAUUCAGGUUUCGUCAUGGCUAUUGUAAAGGAAACCCCAGAAAAAUGGUGAAAACUUGGGCAGAAAAAGAAAUGAGGAACUUGAUUAGGCUAAACACAGCUGGGAUCCCAUGCCCCGAACCUAUCUUGCUAAGAAGUCAUGUUCUUGUCAUGGGUUUUAUUGGUAAAGAUGACAUGCCAGCACCACUUCUGAAGAACAUCCAGUUAUCAGAAUCCAAGGCUCGGGAGUUGUACCUGCAGGUCAUCCAAUACAUGAGGAUAAUGUAUCAAGAUGCCAGACUCGUCCAUGCAGAUCUCAGUGAAUUUAACAUGUUGUACAGUGGUGGGGGUGUGUACAUCAUUGACGUUUCUCAGUCUGUGGAGCAUGACCACCCACAUGCCUUGGAGUUCUUGAGAAAAGAUUGUGCUAAUGUCAAUGACUUCUUCCUGAAGCACAACGUUGCUGUGAUGACUGUGCGGGAACUCUUUGAAUUUGUCACAGACCCAUCAAUUACGCAGGAGAACAUGGACGCUUAUCUCUCAAAGGCUAUGGAAAUAGCAUCCCAAAGGACCAAGGAAGAAAGGUCCAGCCAAGAUCAUGUAGAUGAAGAGGUGUUUAAACGAGCAUAUAUUCCUAGAACCUUGAAUGAAGUAAAAAAUUACGAGAGGGAUAUGGAUAUAAUGAUGAAAUUGAAGGAAGAGGACAUGGCCAUGAAUGCCCAGCAGGACAAUAUUCUGUACCAAACUGUUACAGGAUUGAAGAAAGAUUUGUCAGGCGUUCAGAAGGUACCUGCACUCCUAGAAAAUCAGGUUAAGGAAAAGAAUUGUUCUGAUUCAGAAGAUGCUGGAAGCUCUGAGUGUUCUGAUGCAGCUUCUGAAGAGCAGGGGGACCAUGUCUGCUCCAGGAAACCCACCACUGACCUUGAAGUUGAUAAAAAGGAAAGAAAAAAGAUGGUCAAGGAAGCCCAGAGAGAAAAAAGAAAAAACAAAAUUCCUAAACAUGUGAAGAAAAGAAAGGAGAAGACAGCCAAGUCAAAAAAGGGCAAAUAGAUCAGAACUAUAUUAUGUGCAGUACUUUGCCAUCAGUUGCUUUUCUUGCGUGUAUGUUAAGCUGCAUCUAUGAGAUGGGAUAUUGAUUUUUAACUGGAUGGUUAUUAUGACAGUGUCUGAAGACUGAUUCAAGUGUUUUCAUGCAGUUAUGUGGAAGAUCUCUAGGCUCUGUUUUCUAGAUCCAGUCACUGGCUCGGUCUGGUAUUUACAGAGAAUUUAUUUAAGCUAUUUUAAUGAAGAACUUUGUACAAUAUUAUUUUUAUAUAUUUUUUCUCCUUCUGUAUGUUUUCUGAAGCAUCAUAAAUAUUUAAAUGUAGUGAAUGUCCACUACUUUUGUUUAAGUGUAAAGGCACUUUAGACAAAUUCGCAGCAGCUGUUUUGCUUUGUUUGCACAUGCUAAAGACCUAUCUGAAACCAUAUAAUUAAAACCAUGAUAUGUAUAAAAGGAAUUUCAUUUAAAGAGAAUUCAUCUGGCUAUUGAUGUAAUCAUUCACCGCAACUUUGUUCUGCGUACAUUGAUGAUGAUUUGUAAUGCACUUUUCAUCUUUAAUAUUCUUUUUUGAGCUAGGACCUCCCAGUUUAUAAGCUAUUUCAUGUUCACCUUUUUGGCAUGUUCAUUCAUUCAUCAUAUAUUUGAGUAUUGGAGGUGCUGAUGAUACAGCAGUAAAUAAAGCAGACAAAAAUUGCUA